AGAACAAAAUAUAUAAAUUAAAAUCUAAGCAAAAAAUAUUAAAAAAAUAAAACAUAUAAAAAUAAAAUGGAUACUGAACAUAAAAAAGAUUUUUCGACAGCUAUUUUAGAUAAAAAGAAAGCUCCAAAUAGAUUAAUGGUAGAUGAUGCCAAAAACGACGAUAACUCAGCAAUUUGUCUGACAUAAAAAAAGUUGGAUGAAUUAAAAAUAUUUAAAGGAGAUGCAGUCUUAAUAAAAGGAAAAAAGAGACAUGAAACGCUAUGUAUUGCUUUAACUGAUCCAACACUAACUGACGAUAAAAUAAGAAUGAACAAAAUAGUAAGAAAGAACUUAAGAGUACGUUUAGGAGAUGUUGUAUCCAUUAAAGCAGCUGAAGAUGUACCUAAUUUAUCUAAAAUUCACGUGCUACCAUUAGAUGAUACUAUAGAAGGCAUAACUGGAGAUAUUGCUACUACAUAUUUAAUUCCUUACUUUAAAGAUGCAUAUAGACCUGUUAAAAAAGGUGACUUAUUUAUAGUUAGAGGAGGAUUUAAAUCUGUUGAAUUCAAAGUUGUGGCUUGUGAACCGAAAGAAUAUGGUAUAGUAGCUCCUACAACUAUGUUAUUUACUGAAGGAGAGGCAAUAAAAAGGGAAGAUGAAGAGAAAUUGGAUGAUGUAGGUUAUGAUGAUAUCGGUGGAUGUAGAAAAUAAAUGGCUUAGAUUAGGGAAAUGAUUGAAUUACCACUUAGACAUCCUUAACUUUUCAAAACGUUGGGUGUAAAACCACCUAGAGGUGUACUUUUAUAUGGACCUCCUGGUUCUGGUAAAACCCUUAUCGCAAGAGCUGUCGCUAAUGAGACUGGAGCAUUUUUCUUUUUAAUUAAUGGCCCUGAAAUUAUGAGUAAAAUGGCAGGAGAAGCCGAAUCUAAUUUAAGAAAAGCAUUUGAAGAGGCCGAAAAGAAUUCACCAGCUAUCAUAUUUAUUGAUGAGUUGGACUCUAUAGCCCCUAAAAGAGAAAAAGUUAGUGGAGAAGUCGAAAAAAGAGUUGUUUCUUAACUCCUAACACUCAUGGAUGGCCUUAAAGGUAGAGGACAUGUAAUUGUAAUUGCAGCAACAAACAGACCAAACAGCUUAGACCCUGCCUUAAGAAGAUUUGGAAGAUUUGACAGAGAAAUAGAUAUCGGAGUACCUGAUGAGACCGGAAGAAUGGAAAUUUUAAGAAUCCACACAAAAAAUAUGAAACUAGACGAAGAUGUAGAUCUAUCCCUUAUUGCUAAAGAUACACACGGUUUCGUAGGAUCUGAUAUGGCAGCUUUAUGUACAGAAGCAGCCUUAUAAUGUAUUAGGGAAAAGAUGGAUUUAAUAGACAUUGAAGAUGAAAAAAUCGAUGCCGAGAUUUUAAAUGCAAUGUCUGUCAGUUAGGAACAUUUCAAAUUCGCAUAAGGAUAGGUAAAUCCAGCUUCUUUGAGAGAAACUGUUGUUGAGGUGCCAAAUGUUAAAUGGGAUGAUAUCGGAGGACUCGAAGAUACUAAAAAAUAAUUAUAAGAAAUGAUACUUUUCCCAAUUGAACAUCCCGAAAAAUUCCAUAAAUUUGGAAUGUAGCCUUCUAAAGGUGUACUUUUUUAUGGACCACCUGGUUGUGGUAAAACCUUGCUUGCAAAAGCAGUUGCUAAUGAAUGUUCAGCCAAUUUUAUCUCUAUUAAAGGACCAGAAUUAUUAACUAUGUGGUUUGGUGAGUCAGAAGCUAAUGUAAGAGAAAUCUUUGAUAAAGCAAGAGCUGCAGCACCUUGUGUACUUUUCUUUGAUGAAUUAGAUUCCGUAGCAGUCUAAAGAGGUGGCUCAUCUGGUGAUGCUGGUGGUGCUGGUGAUAGAGUCAUUAAUUAACUUUUAACUGAAAUGGAUGGAGUUAGUUCAAAGAAGAAUUUGUUCUUUAUAGGAGCUACUAAUAGACCGGAAAUUCUCGAUGAAGCUAUUAUUAGGCCUGGUAGAUUAGAUUAGCUUAUUUAUAUUCCUCUUCCUGAUUAACCAUCUAGAUUGGGGAUUCUCAAAGCUAAUUUAAGAAAGACACCGAUUUCAAAAGAUAUUUCUUUGGAAUUUAUUGCUUAAAUUACUGAUGGAUUUUCAGGAGCCGAUAUAACUGAAAUUUGCCAAAAAGCAGCUAAAGCAGCGGUUAGAGAUUCUAUUGAAGCAGAAGCUAGAUUGAAAAUCGCAGCUUAAAUGAACCCUAAUUAAGCAUAAGGAUUAGCUAAUUACGAUCCAGUACCGGAAAUUACAAGAAAACAUUUCGAAGAAGCCUUAAGAUCAGCAAGAAAAUCUGUAACUUCAGUGGACUUAAAUAAAUUUGAAUAAUUCAAAAGAAAAUUUGAUCCUAGUUUUGCUGCUUAAUCAGGGGGAUAAAGUGGACCAAAAAUUAACUGGCCUUCUGUUAAUAAUGCUAGUUAAUAAAUUGGUAAUAACAAAAUGUAGACUGAAGAUGAUGAUUUAUAUAAUUGAUGUCUUUUUUUAUUUUAAAUAUAAAAAUAAAUAUGAAAUUAUUUUAUAUUUUUAUUAAAUUUUAUUUUUUAAAUAAAAAUGCAAUGUUUUUUAUAA